AUGGGAAUUAUUGCUCGGCAAGGAAGACAAGAUUUUUUUCUUCCAUCUUAUUUACCAUUAACAUUAGAAUAUGAGCAAGAAUUAAUUGAUAAUGAAAAAAUCAUGCACAACCGCACAAUAAAUUAUGGUUUGAAUUGUGAAGAAGCAAUGUUUGAUUUCAAUGAAGGUUCGGAAGAGGAAUUAUUAAAUAAGAAAUGCGAAAGCAUAGAUCUGAAGCGACCACAAGAAACGUUUUUUGUUAUUGGGUUUUUUGACAUCAGUACAAAAAAACAAAGCGAUUUCGAAGUAGGCUACUGGAAAGAUUAUCGAUUACUUCGCAAUCGUCGGGAUAUUUUCGUUUUGAAAAAGAGUAUUAAUGCUCCACUGGAGCAUUUACGUGGACUCUUGGAUUGUCGUUUGAUUAAACAGCUUAUUUUUGGAAUGCUAGAUUCUCCACUAUCGUUGUUUAAUAGAACACAUUACCUUCCAGGAUUUUUCACUCGUAUUAUGCGUACUAAUCUUCGUGAAAAGUCUGUACUUGUGAAAAACAGGAACGGUAACAUCCAGUGGGCUUCACUGUGUGGCAAAACACAAUUUAGUAGUAUGGAAGCACGAACAGAAUUUCCUCUGGAAAUGUGGCACUUUCUGAAUUUCCGUAGCUUCUUCGAUGCAAGCAAACAUGCUAAUGCAAAGACAGAUGAAUAA